CACAUACACACAAGGUGUGUGUGUGUAAUAACCAAUUCUAUUUUCAACCUCAACAUCUUAAUAAGAACAUGGCGAUCAAACUCAAACCCUUGGUGCAGUGUGUGGUGGCAGUGGCUGUGUUUGUGGUGAUAGGGUUACUGGGUAGAAUAGCUGAAGGGGUUGUGUUAUGCAACACAGACACCACGAAGCUGAGCUUGUGUCGUCCAGCGGUCACCGGGCAACACCCGCCACCACCGGCAAAGGCGUGCUGCGCGGUUUGCCGGCAUGCUGAUCUGGCGUGCCUUUGCAAGUACAAGUCUGUGCUUCCUGCACUUGGGAUUGACCCCAACAAGGCCAUCGCUUUGCCUACUAAGUGUGGUCUCACCACCCCUCCACAAUGUAAAGGGAAUUGAAGUUGUUUUAGAUCAUAUUUAUUAAUUAUAAGCAUCAUCUUAAAUAACCUGCCCUUAAAUAAAUAUCAUUAAUUUGUACUGUGAUUUAGUUUUUUUUGUUACAGGGCAAGAUGUCUGAUCUGAUGUAACGUGAUUCUUAUGUUUGUAAAAUUAAUUUGUAUUGCCACUUGAUAUAUGUACUGCAAAAGGUCUUGAUAUGCAUAUGCUGUUCACCGGCCAAGAGAUAUAAUGAUAUCCAAACAAUUAUUUUUCCGUUUAUUAAUUAAAUUUGCAAACGGAUGUCUGUUCAGUGUUCAUCUUGCAACAGUAGAUCGUUAAAAUUUGA